GGGAAAUUUAUUAAAAAGGGAGCAAUGCGCUGGGAAUGAAUUACCAAAGGACUUUUUUUGUAGAUUCCAAAGGGAAUUGAUUUUUGGGGGGAGAACUAAUUUUGCCCAAUCAAAAAGUCAAUUCAAAGCGUAUUAAACUUGCUUUUUUGGCUUUUUUCUCUUUUUUUUCCUCUUUUUAAUUACGCAAAGCAAGAAUGUCGACACCAAGAAGAAGAAUAGAAACAGAUGUUAUGAAACUUUUAAUGAGUGACUAUGAAGUAACUUUGGUUAAUGAUAAUAUGCAAGAAUUUUAUGUGCGCUUUCAAGGGCCCAGUGAUACUCCUUUUAGUGGUGGUGUUUGGAAGGUUCACGUCGAACUUCCUGAUCAAUAUCCUUAUAAAUCACCAAGCAUUGGUUUUAUGAAUAGGAUAUUCCAUCCAAAUAUCGAUGAAGUGAGUGGCUCGGUCUGUUUGGAUGUCAUCAAUCAAACGUGGAGUCCCAUGUUUGACAUGAUCAAUAUAUUUGAAGUAUUCCUUCCUCAAUUACUUCGUUAUCCUAAUCCAACAGAUCCCUUAAAUGGUGAAGCUGCUGCUUUAUUAAUGAGAGAACCUGCUAAAUAUGAAUUAAAAGUCAAAGAUUAUGUAGCAAGAUAUGCCACGAAAGAAGCAGCUGAUGCCGCAGCUGAAGAGAGUUCAGAUGAGGAUGAUAUGAGUUCGGUAAACUUUGAUUCUUCUGAAGAUGAGGCUGCUGGUAUGGAAUUGUAAAAAGAAAG